AUGUACGGCAACGUGGAGCCCAGCCCGGGGCAAAAGUGGGUGCCAGGAGCCAGCGAUGGGGAAGAGGAGAACCCCUAUGAACCCCUGGACCCCCUGGAGGUCACCCCAAGGCUGAAGCAUGGGUCUGAGCCAGCAGGGACAAGAGCAGGACCAUCACCGCCUCCUCCCCUGUCCCCAGCCCCAUCCAAGGGCUGCUCCAAAGGGAAGCUGGUGCUGGCGGCCACCGCGGCGCUCUCGGUGCUGGUGAACAUCCUCUGCCUCACCAUCGGCUCCCGGCACAUUGCAGCCCUGACGGCAGAGCUGGAGGCAGAGAAGGCGAAGGCGAUGCCGAACGUGGCCUCCCGAUCCUUCCUGCUCUACAACGAAGACCACCACAAGUGCAUGGAGGCCAAUGGCUACCAGUUGACGGCGGCCACGUGCCGGCCCGGUGCCGCUUCCCAACGCUUCCAAUGGCUCCAAGGGGGCCGGCUAUGGGGCUGGCAGAGCCGGCGCUGCAUCACGGCCAGCCGUGGCCAAAGCCUGGCCCUGCUGAGCCUGGAGCCGUGCCGGGAUGAUGCCGAGCUGCAGCGUUGGGAAUGCCGGGAUGGGAGGCUGCUGGCGCUGGCCGGAUCCGACCUCUACAUCAACUAUGGCCACAACCAGCAGCACAUGGUGAUGCUCUACACCGGGAACGGGCCCUGGAGCCGCUGGGUGGUCCAUGGGAGCAAGGAUGACGUCUGCUCCCGCGCCUGUAGGUCCCAGCAUCCUUCAUCCCAAGGAUACCCUAAAGCAGCAUGGAUACAGCUUAAGCAGGAUGCAGAGGGGGCUGGACCAGAGCUGACCCUUUUAGGGUGGCUUAACCUAAUCUAAAGCAAGCCCAAACCCUAAUGGGGGCUUUAACCUAAUCCUAACCCGACCAUAAGCCAAAAGAGAUAGGAUUUAACAUAAACCUAACCCAGUUUAAACCCUAAAUAGGAUUUAACCCAAUCCUAAGCCAGUUUAAACCCUAAAUGGAUAGAAUUUAACCUAAUCCUAACCCAAUCAUAACCCAAAAUAGAUAGGAUUUAACCUAAUCCUAACCCCCUUUAAACCCUAAAUAGGAUUUAACCCAAUCCUAACCCACUUAGAACCCUAAAUACACAGGAUUUCACCUAAUCCUAACCCACUUUAAACCCUAAUGGAACCCCAAACCAGUCCUAUACCUUCAUCUAUGGGAUUCAACCCAAAGCC